GUGGUGCAAUCGGAUCGCAUUGCAAUGGCGGGGCCACCGCCCGGCCCGCCGGCUGCACUCACGCUGCCGGCCGGCGUAUCGAACGAUGAUGCGCUGGACUACCUGGACAAGAACCUCACGUCUGAUCUGCUUCAUAUCCUCCAGGAGUGUGGAGUGCCCCUCGCACUGCAGUACAAAUUGGGGAGUGAUUUCAAGAAUGUGAAGAGGUUUGCAGCAUAUGCGGAUUCACGGACCGGGGUGCGGGAGGCCCUAAAAACAGAUCAUACCCUGGAACCUGCAGAUCAAGUGACACGUGCGGCUGUUGCAUCAGUGGUUUCAGCAUGGGAGUCAUGCAAGGAAUACAGUUCGAAGGAAUCUGAGCUACGUGCAGAGGCCAAAGUUCUUGGGAUCACGAGACCGGUUACGCAGACAGAACGUCAAGCCAUGCGUGCAUCUUUUGAGGCAACAUAUGGUAAAGUGGAGGAGAGCUUUGAGCCUUCGGACGACUAUGUUUCCACGAAGAUGGAGGAGAUCGAGAAUGGGGAGUUGUCAGCGUCGAGCCUUUCAGAAGUUACAAGCCGGAAGCAAGUGAAGACCAUGGGGUUACAAACUUCAGUGGACACUGGGGGUCAUGUGCGGAUCGUCAAGCAACGGGCUAAGGGGGUGAUGCCUCAGAACACUGAGGAGCUUCGUGCAGUGCUGCGUGUUGAGGGGACGGCUUUCUGUUAUCUGGCUUCAAAGUAUCGCAACAAGGUGCUCUUCACAGGCAUGAAUCCGACGAUCUGGUUGGACUACGCGAACUAUCUGCUGGGAGAGAAAGUCUAUCGCAUGCAAAUCCCCACAGGCAGCAAGGGAUCCGGCAAGCAGGAUCAAAUGACGCUUCGACCACCCUGGACCGUCAUGCUGACGUAUGAGUACGAAUUACGCAAAGAAGCCAUCAAGCGUGCAGUUCGAGAAUCCAGAGAGCUACGAGUUACGCUCAAGGAGGUGUGCGAUGAUCCACAGCUGAAAGAGCAAUUCUUUACGGCGCCCAUCGCAUUGGGAGGACAUCGGAUCAAAGGGGAUGGCUGGAAGGGCGAUGGUUGGAAGCGUCAAAACGCUUAUCCCGACUUUGGUGGCGAGCAGCCAUGGAAGUGGCAGAAAGGAGGGGGAGCUGGCCAGCCGAACACCGGACGGCAGGCUCAUUUGCUUUGCAUACUCAACUUCUGGAUGGAGGACCGAUUGUGGUCUUCUUUACAGGAGAGUGGCUGCAGCUGUGUCCCACUGAUUAGAAAAUUUUAUGCAACCCCCUGGCAUGUGGCUUGUGCAGUCGAUGAUGCGGAUGACUGUGCAAUUCUGAUUGGACAGGCGACAGAGGGCCUGGAUCAAUCGGACCUGGAACGAGAGGGUGAACUCCUUUGGACAUGGAUUUCAGGCCAGACAGAUAUGUUGAAACGGCUGCAACUAAAGAUUUUGAGCAAGGCGCGGAAAGUGGAAGCUUUCGUCCGUGAUACUCCUGCUGCUUCAGACGUAUAUUCGCAACAAGUGAGUGGUUCGAUUGAGCUGCAGAAGAAGGUCAGCAGAUCACAGAUUCGUUGGUUGUCUGGAAAUACUGGGUCUCCGGCAGAAGCUGAGAAGGUGGCAAAGAAGUUUUGGGGCAUGGUUCUGGUACAAAUCAUGCUGGAAGCAAAGCUGCCAAUUUGCGAUGUGCCAGCAGACACCGAAGAACAGCGGGCAAAUUUUGCGUUCCGUGCCUUGGGUGUUAGGCGUUCCAAAACUCUGAGGAAUCGAGCCAGGUGCUGGAAGAAGGCGCGACAAUGGUUUCAGAAUGUUAAGAACGUCGUUUUCCCGAAAAUUGCUGGGGAUGUUUUGGACUAUUUGGUCUUCUUGGAGCAGGAGGUAGGGACCAAGACUUGCAUCGAUGAGUUCAUGGCUGCAUUAUCUGUCCUGGAGGAUGCUGGUCAGGUCCCUACCCCUGCACAACUUUCGAAGGAUCGAUUGGUCGUUUCGGCCUCCAAGAGUUAUAUGGCAGAUCUGAAGGAAGGCAGAACUUCACAUAAGCAGGCUCCACCUCUGACAGUCUCGAUGCUCGUUGCUUUGGAGAUCUUCGUUUGUGCGCAGGAAAACCCGACAUAUGGACGCUGCUUGGCCUGGGCGUGUUUGAUCUGCGUUUGGGCAUGCAUGAGGGUCUCAGACUUGCAGGGCAUCGAUGUGAACAGAUUGUUUCUCUAUGCAUCGGGGCUGAAGGGUGUCUUGACACAUACAAAGACCACUGGUCACGACAAGAAGGUGGCUGAGGUUCCUUUCUUCAUACGUCGAGACGCCAACCUCUCGGGCCAGGAUUGGUUGGAUGUGGGUUUGAAACUCUGGUUUUCUUUUGGUUACAGAACCCGGACGUAUUUGGUUUGGCAGGCCAGUCCGGAUUUGGAGGAACCCGUCCUCAAGUUUGCUCGGCCCGAGAUCAUAUCAGGAUACCUGCGGACGGUUUGGUCUCUUCUAAAAGUCCCCCGACGGAUCAAGGUUACGGAUCAGACGUGGCAAAACAGUGGUACGACGCUGGUCCCGAGCGCCUGUUAUUUAUUUUGGACUGGUCAUAGCAUGAGACACGUCCUUCCCACUUUGGCGGCCACAUUUGGGGAGCCGAAGGAGCGUCGGGACUACCUUGGUCGAUGGCACGUGGGCCUGCAGCAGAGCGCUGAUUACAUUCACACCUGCCGGCAGAUUGUUCACGAUGUGCAGCGUUUGGUUUGCGACCAUUUGUCUGGCGGUGCGCCGGGGUACGAUGAGGAUGAGCUUUUUGAUCAGCUGGCCGCUUGGUUGAGGGGUCGUGGCGAGGACCCCGAUCCUUUGAUCAGACCUUUCAAGAUCCUUCGUUCGGUCAAUGGACACACCGUGCUGAAUCAACGCUGGCCUCUACUGGAUAACUCGGCUUUUGGUUUGGUGCCAGAACCCCCAGUUGAGGACAUCUGGGAGGUCACACCGAGCGUUGCGGAUAGCUUUUGCAAGCUCUGCUAUCGGGAUCAGGGGGCUGAUACUUUGUCUUCUAGCUCGGGAGAUUCGUCUUCCACGGAGAUUGAGGAAUUCUCUCAUCUUUUCAGCUUGUCAGAGGUUGCGGGAGUUCUCACCUGUCAGCAACAGAGGGAGUAUCUUCGAGUCAAUGUGGACUCCGAUUUCCUUUAUCUUCUGGAGGAGCAUGGCGUGGAUUUAGCUUUGCAGUAUUCGGUGGCACAACACUACAAGAAUGUCCGUACUUUUGCGGUUUUUGCAGAUGAUCGCGCCGCGGUGCGCACAGCUAUCUCGGCCGAUUUUGGGAUCCGGCCGGACACUGCGGCUGAUCGGGCAAGGAUCGCUUGUUUGGUGACGAGUUGGGAAGCUGCCCGCCUCCUCCGUGAGGAGGAGGCCAAACUCAAAGCCGAAGCCAAGGUUUUGGGCAUGCAGAAGCCCCUGGCGGCCUCAGAUCGGGCCGCGAUGCGUUUGGCUUUGGAGACUGUACGCGGAUAUGCCGUCACUGAGGCCGAGGAACCCGCUGCGGAGUACUUGGCACAUAAGCUUGAGCAGAUUGAAAAUGGCGAGCCAACUGCUUCCUACUUGGAUGAGGUCAUCUCCCGCAAGGAGGCGAACUCGUUGCAACUGCAGACGGUGUUGGAUAACCAAGGUCGGCUCCGAGUCACCCGUCAGAAGCCCAAGGGAAAACUCCCUCAAGGCACCGAGGAUCUUCGUGCAAAGAUUCGCUUGGAAGCAUCCACUUGGGUCAUGUUGUCUGCCAAGUGCCGGGGUCGGGCUUACCUUCAGGAAUUGGAGCUGAGCCACUUUGACCGGUAUUUGGAGUACCUGCUGGGUGACCGUUGCUACACGCUGCAGGUGUCUUCUGCUAUGCCCUCGAGUUCCAUGGCAGGCCAGGACCGUCAUACUCUGCCCGUUCCCUGGGGUGUGCUCCUGCAGUACGAAUAUGAGAUGAGGAAAUGGGCCAUCAAGGAAGCCCACAAAACCGGAUCCUCCUUAGCCACCACGUUGCACGAGGCAACCCGCAACACUGAACUCAAGGAACUUCAUUUUACAUCGCAAGUGGCUCUUGCGAGGCGUUCCGGCCACGAUGAGCAAGCUCAGUUGCCUCCUUUGAAGUGGUCUCGCAAAGGGGAGAAAGGUGACAAGGGACGCGGCAAGGGCUCCGGCAAGACAGGUUCCAAGACAGAUGGACGGAUCAAGGUGGGCGACAGCUGGUUUGAUCUGGUUUCAAAGACACCUGAUGGCCGGGAGUUGUGCUAUGCUUUCAACAUCAAGCGGGGCUGCCAGAACAAGGGAUGCAAGCGAGUGCAUGCGAAAGCUGAUGUGCGGCAUUAUUUGCAGGGCCUUUGUGAAAAACAUUCGGUUUCUUUGGUGCUAUCUGAGCUCGACAUAUGUCGAGAUCCGACGAUGGAUCUGCUUGAUGAUGAGGUCGCAACGCGAUGCUUGGCUGAGGUUCGAUCCAAUCAGUGGGAUGUGAUCUUGGUGACGAUCUGUGAGGCUGCUCUGGAGGUCCGCGCUGAUUUCCUGCUGGAACAUCCAGAGGACUUGGGACGGACAAAGGGCGGACAUGUGCCGGCGUCAAUCUGGCAGUUGCCCGAGGCACAGCGAUUGAUGAGCCACGAACGAGUUUUUACCUUUGCAAUUUACCAAUGUCGGUUUCAUGCUACAUCACCGAAACCCACGCGCUUUUUGACUUCCAUUACCGCCUGUCGGCAGAUGCCUUUCGUGGGGCCACCACGAUUCAACUCUGAGGAGCGUUACUUGGGGCCUCUUCCGAGAUUUUGUGGGCAUAAGGACCAUGGUUCCCUGCUGGGCAAGCUUUCGGCUGGGGCCUGGAAGGCCACGCCUGCUGCUGCUUAUCCUGCUGCUCUGUGUGCACAGAUUUCCGAGUGGGCCUUCUCCGUCUUCGAUGGGGGGAGGCCAGCUGCAAUCCCCCAGGUUGACACAUCGGGGGCUGGAAUCAUCUUUCGUUUUGAUCCUGUGUUGCUCUCUUCACAGCAAUUGGGGGGUGAAGGGGCAGAGGGUCUGGCAGCAAAUAUGUUGUCGGCUGGUCAGGCCUAUGAAUCUCAGCUCCUGAGAUUGUCUGAGUUGCUGCCGGAUGAAGACAGGGUUAGAGAAUCCUCGGUGGUGAUUAAGGGUCAGAGAUCUUUCACAACUGGGGCCUACUGUCAUCAUGGCAAGGCUGGAUUGAGGCGCAAUAUGGCUUCUUUUCCUUUGAGCUCGGAGCUCUUGGCUAAACUGAUCACUACGAACUUUACUGGCAGGCCUUUCACUUCGAUGGCGUUCUUUCGAGACAUUGGUCAACCCCUUCACAAAGACACGACGAACGGGAGUUACGACAACCUUCUCCUGGCAUGUUCCUCCUUCAUGGAUGGAGGGACGCGACUGGUGCUUGCGGCCUAUUCGAUUUCCCAGGAUGGUCUCCUGGCCGAUGGGGAUCGGAAGAAGCUGGUAGAUAUGGGAUUUGAGGUCCCGGGACUUCGAAAGAGGGGCCCGGAGUGCUUGACGGAGGACGCAGUGGUCGAGACCCUGGGCAAAGGUGGUGCUUUAAGCAAAACCACCGGAGAGGAGACCCUGGGCAAAGGUGGUGCAUUAAGCAAAACCACCGUGGAGGAUAUCCCCUACAGUGAGCUGCAGUCUGGUUGCGAGGGGCCUCCGAUGGUUGGUGAGUUUGCUGGAUUGAAGGAUGAGUUUGUGGAUGGGUUUGGCAGGUCCCGGGUGCGGAGGUUUGUGGUGGAUUCUUUUCCAGACCUAGCUAGGGCUACCUUCAAGCUGGCCACGGGAAAGUGGACCGGCCCCCUCUUCGAUCCGAAGGGAUUGGAGUCGCUGCGAGAGGAUUGGUUCCAAAUGCUGCCGGAUCCUGUUCGCGCGCGGGAGAUGAUUCCGAACCAACCGUUCUACCUUAGGGCCAUUGCACAAACUCUUCAGAUUCUGGAGGAUCCUGAUUUUCGGAUUCUUGAGGAGGGCAAGUAUUGUUUCUGCAAUGGAGUAGAGGUGGGGCAUUUGGAGCCUAUCGGACCUACGCCGCAGGUUUAUCGACGAAGAAUGAAAGACCAGAAAUAUGAUGAGUCAGAGUGGGAGCCCGAGAUGAGGAACUACAGAGACGGUCCGGGAGUCGAAAAGGCUCUUCAGGCCGCCUUCGAGAAGGAGGAGUUGGCCGGGCGCAUGUUCCCGCUUUCCAUGUCGGAGGCGAGGCGGCGCUACCCUGGGGAUGCGUUGAGGGUGGCGGCUCAGGCGGUUAUUCCAAAACCCGACAACGAUUUCCGUGUGGUUCAUGAUGGGACCCAUGGGGUCCAAGUCAACAACGAUGUGAUCAUGAGGGACCGCCUGGAAUCUCCCGGUGCUCGAGAGGUCGCUUCUUUGCAAAGGCUUGGUGCCACGUCAGAGGAGAGGGUGUUCUUCGGCAUCGUCGGGGACGUUUCGAAGGCCCACCGAAGGUUCCUCCACCACCCAGAGCAUUGGGGGGUACUGGGGUGCAAGACAAGGGCCGAUUCCUCGGUGGUCUGGUUAAACCGGACCGGAACCUUUGGCGUGGCCUCUGCAGCCUAUUGGUUCUCUCGGCUGAUUGGUCUCGUAGGGAGGCUGGCCUUCCGCGUUCUGCUGGAUACCUUCAUCUUUAUGCUCAUUUAUGCCGACGACCUCCACGUUGUCAGUGGAGGACGGGAGCGCUGGAUAAACAUCUGGAUGAUGCUGGCUCUGCUAAGCAUGCAAGGCACUCCUUUCUCUGAUCAUAAGUGGAGAGGCGGCCUGCACGUGGAUUGGGUGGGAUACUGGAUCGACUACACCAGGUUCCACAUCGGGAUUUCGGAGAAGCGAUGUCGAUGGAUCAGUGAUUGCAUUGAUGGAUUGGAAAAGGCCAACUGGCUUGUGGAUGUCCGCCGAUACCACGAGCUGCAUGGUAGACUGGGCUUUAUGUCAAAGAUAUUGAUCUGGAUCCGACCUUUCUUGGCUCCUGGCUACGCAUGGCUUGCUGUGGUGCCAAAAGGGGCUGUGCUAUCGUUGCCCAACCUGGUGAGGUGCACCCUGAAGUUCAUUUCGAGUCGCUUGAAGGCUGGUUGUCGCACCUAUCCGGCCGGGGUCGGUGAAAAGGACCUAGGCGAGCUUUUCAGGACGGACGCGGCUUGUAAUGAGAACUCGGUUGUGCUUGGUGGAUGGUUCUUGCACUUGGGUGGCGAGCCCAGCGCGGCUCCUUGGUUUCAGAUCAUUCUCGGAAGGGAGGACGUUCCCUGGUUGUUCAACGAGGAGGGGAGCGCCUGGGCGAGCACUUCGGCGGAGCUGUUGGCUUCACUGGUGGCCCUACACCUCCUGGGAAGAGACUUUGGGGAGCUGCUUGGGGGUCCUGGGGUCCUGAGGUCUUGUUUCUCAGGAGGCACGGACAACAAGGCCACGGAGGCUUUGUCAAUCAAACUCUUAACUACCAAGGUCCCCCUGAUGUUCAUUCUCAUGCAGUACGUUGAUCGCUGUGAUCACCUUGGCAUCCGUUGUCAUCUUAGCUGGCGUCCUCGGGAUGCGAAUGUGGAGGCUGAUCAGAUAACCAAACAUUGCUUCGAUGCUUUCAGUGCUGGACGGCGCCUGUCAGUAAGUUGGUCUGAAGUGGAUCUUUCAGUGCUGAUGCCUCUGCUUGAGUUCUGCAAUUUUAGGGCGGACUUGAACGCCAUCAAGCUUGAUUCGCAAAUGGGCCCCAUGUCAGGCGAUUGCGGGGUACAAGUGGCAUGGUUCACUGCUGCCAAGUUCGGAGUUGUUUCGGUGAUCACCCAACCUGGAAGCACUGGCAAGAGCAUUUCGCGAAGUCGGGGAAGCAGACCGUACUUCCUUGAACGCUGGUGUGAUGCGCACGCCUUUGAAUUAAUUCUACGUGAGGUUGACGUGAAGCGUUCGCCUAAUGAUGAUUUAUCUCAGUCCUCACUCUGGGAGAAUAUCUUCUCGGAACUCCGUGCGGGACAAUGGGACAUCUUGAUCUGCAGCCCGCCUUGCGGCACGUACUCUCGUGCCCGACACCGAUCUGUCGGGAGCGGAUCCGGACCAGUUCCUCUUCGCAAUUGCAUGCAUCCAUGGGGUUUGCCUUGGCUUUCCGAAUCGAAUGCAGCUCUAGUCAAGAUUGCCAACUACUUUGUCAAACAAUGUUUGGAGGCGAUCGGAUAUCAAUGUGCAGCGAACAGAUUUUACAUCUGGGAACAUCCCGAGGAUUUGGGUGUUACCGAGACUGGGGAUGUCCCGGCAAGUAUUUGGCAACUUGCUGAAAUCCGAUCGCUCGACGGUUUUACUUGGGCGGUUCACCAAUGCGCCUUUGGAGCCUUGCAUCCCAAACCAACUCGCUUCUUGUCCAAUCUUCCACUGGCGGAACAGUGGUCCAAUGGCUGGCCCACCUUUGAUGCUGAUGGGGGCUACACUGGUCCUUUGACUUGGUGCAACCACGAUUGGCAUGAAUCAAUGAUGGGUUGGGACGUUUCCUCAGGCACGUGGCGCACCGCUGGAUCUGAAUGUUACCCACCUCUACUUUGUUCGCAUCUUGUUGAUUGCAUAACAUCUUCACAGAAACAGACCGAUCUUCCUGAAACACCGGCCGAUGCUGAAACCUUGGCCCAGUCUCUCCUUCAUCGGAUGGAUGCCCUCGCACCCGACGACUUGCAGCCUCUUGCUGAACUCCUGCCCCGGGAAGCUUCUCACAAGGCUGCUGGGCAUCAACGUGAAGGCGCUUUCUUCGCCGGGGCCUAUGCCCGGGGCGGUUUCGUGGGACUGCGCUCCUCAUGCCAUUCUUUCCCAUGUUCCAUCAAGGUUCUGACCGCAGCUCUUCGAGGCGCCUUUCCAGGACAAUGCUUCUCUACGCUGGUUGUUUUCACUAACACACUGACGGCACCUCACAAGGACGUGCACAAUGCUCCAUUUCCCAAUUUGCUUAUGCCACUUUCCAAGUUUACUGCUGGGCAAGUUUGGCGGGAAGAUUCCGAGGGCGAUGUCUAUCGCACAGUGGCCGGCCAGGCCCGACCUGGUCGCUUGUUGGACGUGGCGGCUGGACCCUGUUUGCUGGACGCUCACAAAUAUCUUCAUGCCACGGAACCCUGGCGCGGCUGCCGCAUCGUCCUCGUGGGGUUUACGGUUCGCCACCUACACCUUCUUUCACCUGAUCAAGUUGCCUUGCUGGCUGCGCUGGGCUUCGUCUUGCCCGCUGCAGACCGCGCACGCAUGGGGGAACACGCUCCUGCAUCGGUCAUGGUACACAAGGCGUCUGGAGCAGCCGAGGCGAACCCCUCGACAAAAGCCAGUCAGGAAGUGAUCACGGUGGAUUCGGGGGAUGAGCUUCCGGAAGAGACUGCAGACACUGAACCUCCUUUUGAUCCGCGUACAAGCCGGGCAUUUGGACAACCUUUGAUCUGUCGUCAUGAUACAGGCAAGCGAGUCUUCGUUGAUGGCUUCGGACUAUGCUCCCCGGGCCGUUGGCCCCCGGGCCAAAGGGGACAGCUGAAUUCAUGGGAGGAGAGCUUGCAUGCUGAACGGAUGCAAAGGAUCUUGCGUAACUUCGUUUUGGCUGAACUCCCUGACAUUCGGAAGUCUGCUUUCCUCUUGGCUGCCGGAAGGUUGGAAUCGAGUCCCUUCACACAAUCCGCCCUGGACAGACUACGUGGUGAGCUGGCGGGAACGCUGCCCGAUCCGGCCCUGGCGCUUCGGGUUCCUGACCGCCAGCCUUUCUUGUUGUACCUGCUAGCGCAAUCUCUGCGGAUCUUGGGAGACCCUGACUGGGAGAUUCUGAUUCAAGGAACGGAGUGCUUUGCAGAAGGCGUGCCAUUGGGUGACGAGGAGCCGCUGCCCCGUACACCGCAGGUUUUUGCCCGUCGUGAAAAGUUCCGAAAACUGGAUGCAUCACCUUUUCAAGCGAUCAUGGACAACUACACGUCAGCAGAAUUGUCCUCUGAGCAACUUGAGGAGCAUUUUCGGGCUGAUGAGCAGAAAGGCCGCAUGCUGCCGACUACGGAGGGAGCAGUGGCUCAGGAGUAUGGUCCGGGGCAGCUUUUGGUAGCCGCCAUGGGUGCAGUGGAGAAACCCAAUGGUGACAUCAGACCGCUGCACGAUGGAACUCACGGCGUCAACUUGAACAAUCGGAUACGCAUCUUGGACAAAUUGGAGACACCAGGACCUGAUGAGGUGUUAGAGAUGGUUUCCCUUGCACGCGACUCGGGCGAAGCAGUGUUCGCUAUCUCUGCCGACAUAUCCCAAGCUCAUCGCCAGGUGAAGGUCAGGCGAAAGGACUGGCCUAAAAUGGGGUGCCGUUCCAGUUCGACAUCACGUACCGUAUGGCUCAAUACUGUCGGCACAUUUGGCAUCAGCUCCGCCGCCUACUGGUGGAGCCGGCUGUUCGGAUGCAUUGGGAGGUGGGUGCUACGCAUCUUGACCACGCUCUGGCAUAUGGAGGUGGUCUACGUGGAUGAUUUACACCUCGUGACCGCUGGAGACCCAAAAUUCCUUGUGCUUUGGAUGGCCCUGGCGGCGUACGAGGCAAUCGGCACACCUUUUGCCUACCACAAAUUCAAAGGUGGGAUCAAGGUUGAUUUCGUGGGAUAUCAUAUCGCAUAUGAUCAAUGGUCUGCAGGGCUCUCAUCCAAACGCACAAAGUGGAUAGUGGGCUGGAUCAACGAUCUUGAGGCUGUGAGUUGGAUGGUAGUGGGUCGUGCCAUGGUAGAGUUCACUGGCAGGAUGACUUUUGUUGGUAGAUUGCUAUUGUGGCUAAAACCUUUCUUGGCUCCGCUGCAUUCUUGGUGUGCAGUACUGGCAAGGGGAACAACAGCACGUGUUCCCACGAUGGUUUAUCUCUCGCUCAUCUACAUCCGGAAGAAUCUUUUGCUGACACACCACUUGGUGCCCGCUUUGCGGCAGGCCCCCUUUGUGACCCAGUCUUUUCGAACCGAUGCGAAGUGUGAGCGUGGACGUGUCGUCUUGGGUGGUUGGUCCCUUGCCAAAGGGAACGUGCCGGCCAAAGCAGACUGGUUUUCUGUUGAAGUCACACCGACAAUGGCGCCUUGGUUGUUUAAGGAGGAUGGAGCAAGCGAAUGGGCAUCAGCCAGCGCCGAGUUGCUGGCUUCUUAUCUGGCCUUGUUUGCAUUUGGUCACCUUCAGGCUGCUGGAUGUCGCAAUGUCAUGUUGGCAACGAUCUAUGGUGGAACAGACAAUCGGUCGAACCCUCAGGCCGGAGCAAAAGGGUCAUCUACGAAGUGGCCGCUCAUGGGGCUGCUGAUGCAAAUGUCUGAGACACUCCUUCAUUCCAAUCUGCGUGUGAAGCUGCAGUGGAGGCCACGGGAAGAGAACACGGAGGCCGACGAUUUGACAAAUGGUGACUUCUCGAAAUUCGAUAUGUCGUUGAGGAGGCCGGUUUCCUUUUCCGAUCUGAAGCUGGAUUUGUUUGAGGAAUUGAUGGCUUGCUACGAUGAGUACGAAGCAUCGAAGGUGGCCUUGAGAGAACGGAACCCAAUUCGGGAGAAGGCUUCGAAGAAACAGAAGCUGGCCGAGAAAACUCCAUGGUGA